AUGCCCGUGCGACGCGCUGAAAUUAAUUGCCAAUAUACCCCAGCAAAGAAAGCGGAACGUGCACUCUCCGUGCCACUACACUUACUGGACAUGUCCUACUUUUACGCUGAGGAUACCUCAUUAUCCGAGAAUGCUCUAUCUUCCUCACAUGCUGAGGUAUGGGGUGGAACAGGCAGUGCAAAACGCGUACAAGCAGCGCCUUUGCCCAGUGCAGACUUCCAGGAGACGAACUCCAUCAUAGCGGAAGACUUGGUAGACGAAGAGCAUCCGUGGGGCCCGCCGCCCGCAGCACAGAAAGACACACGAGUAUCAGGUACUGAUUACGAAGCACUACGAACUGAACAACAAGAGCCGGAUGCGUGGCCUCAGACGUCUGCAUUUGCGAGCCACACGGCAAACACACGACAAGGCGUGCUUCGUUCCGACAGCACGCAAGCACACCAAGCCGUGGAGCCGACAGGUUACCAACGGAGUCAUACCACAUUUCAGCCACGGAAUGCGGGCGGUUCCAUUUUUAGCAGAAUGGAUGCUGGGCCGCCGCCGCCGGUGAAACCAGCAGCCAACGAAGCCAAGAGUGCUUCUGUAUACCCUACUUCCUACUCUCCCUUUGCGCGCGUAGAAACGCUAAAAACGCGCCAGGAUACUAGCGCUGACAUGUACGGCGUCCCGGAAAACUUUUUGGAAGUGGAAGUCCGGAAUCCACGCACGCACGGUUAUGGACGGAAGAUGUACACGGACUAUGAGCUCGUCACGCGGACCAAUAUUCCUGCAUUCAAGCUGUCUUACUCGGUUGUACGCCGCCGCUACUCUGACUUUGAAUUUUUCCGCGAAACGCUAGAGCGCGAGACAACGCGUGUGAAUAUCCCACCGUUGCCCGGGAAGGUGUACACGAACCGAUUCUCGGACGAUGUAAUUGAGAAUCGCCGAGAAGGACUUGAGCGUUUCUUGCAAAUUGUGGCCGGCCAUCCUUUGCUCCAAACAGGAAGCAAGCAAAUGGCUGCCUUCUUGCAAGAUAGCCAAUGGCGCCGGCUAUAA